UUGCUCGUCGCUCUAGCUGGGAAUUGACUAGAGGAAGGGGAAAAUGGCGGACCUCGAAGACGUAACGCUGGACGGGAGACCGCUCCAGUCCCUUCGAGUAGCGGAUUUAAAGGCUGCUUUAGAGGAGAGAGGACUCUCUAAAAGCGGUCAGAAGAAUGCACUCGUCAAAAGACUCAAGGGGGCUCUCAUGUUGGAGAAUCUGCAAAGGACCUCCACAGCUCACAUUGGAUUGCAGCCAAACUCUCAGAUUGGUGAGGAAAUGAGCCAGAACAGCUUUAUCAAGCAGUAUCUGGCUAAACAACAGGAGCUCCUGAGGCAGCGUCUGGAGAGGGAAGCUCGCGAAGCAUUUGAAACAAAUGACCAAGAGGCCCAUGCAGAAGUUAACAAUAGCACCUCAUGUCCUCCUCAAGCACAGCAGGAUGUUACACCAGCAUCGGCUGAGCAGCAUAAGCCACCAGGCCCCUCUGGUGCAGGGAAUGAGGUAGAGGGUAAUAGGAAUGAGGAAGCUGACAUGUCUGGUCCUCCUGCAUCUGGCUCUGUGGCCAUGCGUGUGUCUGGUGGUGAACACAGGCCAGAGCGAGGUUCUACAUCCAGCGAAGUUGCAGCUGACAGUGACGACGAGGACAGUGAGGAUGGAGAGGAGGAUGCUGACGACGAUGACUGGGAUAGCAAUGCUCGAAGGAGAAGUCUCAGAGAGCCAGCCAGAGCACCCACAACCAGAGAGAGGUCUGGAGCAUCCUGUCAACCCCAGCAGCAACACAUCCCUUCCCUUUUGUCGCCUCAGCUACGCCAACCUACACCCCCCCCUUCCCCACCUCCAGAGUUGUCAUUUCCCUUGCCUGACACCCCUAAACAGAGUCCCCCUAGUCCAGAUGUAGCCCCAGGUAGACGUUCAUCCAGUACCUCCAGCUCUGGUUCAUCCAGCAGUGGCAGCCGCAGUAGCAGCCCAGAGCCACAGAGGAGUGGACCAGCUGAGCGCAAACCUGGCCCACUGACCUUACUGGCACGUAAAAUGGAAUCGGAGGGUGCUUUCUCUGGUGCAGGUUGGCAUGGCGGUGAUGGGGAAGGUGAUAGGCAGGGUAGUGGUUCACCUUCAGGUGCAUCGUUUCCUGCCAGAGGGCCUUUAGAGGGUCUAGUAUCUGCCAUCACUCACACAACCAACACUGCAGGCAAUGUGCCCAGUCCUAUGAACCCAGGCACAUACAAGACUAUCAUAGGAGGACAUCCAGCCCAUAGUCAAGUACAUGUGAGAAUACUCAAGUCCACUGUAACGGGAGAGAAGGGGUCUGAAGCAGUUAGAGAAGCAGCAUUUGAGCUGGAAAGGCAAGAGAAACAGAGAAAACUUGACCAGGAACGAGCAAUAGAGUUGGAGCGGGAAAGAGCUCUUGCACUGGAACGUGAGGAAAAGCAGAGAGCUUUGGAGAAAGAGAUGCUAGAGCAUCAGCAGGCCUUAGAAAGAGAAGAACAGGAAAAGGCCUUACAGAGGGAGCGAGAAAAGCAGGAGAGGGAACUAGCUCUUGAGCAAGAGAGACAGGAGAGAGAACUAGCUCUUGAACGAGAGAGGCAGGAGAGGGAACUAGCUCUUGAACGAGAGAGGCAGGAGAGGGAACUAGCUUUGGCAAAAGAGAGGGAGGAGCGAGAACAAGCCUUAGCACGAGAGAGGGCCCUGGAGCUGGAGAGACAGAAAGAGCUGGAGAGACAGAGGGCUUUGGAGCAAGAGCGUUUGCAAAGAGAAAGCGAGGAGAGGGAGAAGCAAGAACGUUUGCAAAGAGAAAGAGAGGAGAGGGAGAAGCAAGAACGUUUGCAAAGAGAAAGAGAGGAGAGGGAAAAGGCAAUGGAGCUAGAACGAGCAAAGGCUUUGGAGAGAGAACGGGCUCUUGAGCAAGAGAGGUUGGACAGGGAAAGAGCUUUAGAGGCUGAGAGAAAGGAGAAGGAAAGGAAGGAAAGAGAGUUGGCUUUGGAACAGGAGAGGCUGAAAAGGGAGAAGUUGGAGAGGGAAAAAGCCUUAGAAGAAGAGAGAAUAAAGAGGGAGAAAGCUCUUGAGCAAGAGAGACUAGAAAGGGAGAGAGCCUUGGAGCAAGAGAGACUAGAGAGGGAGAGAGUCUUGGAGCAAGAGAAACUAGAAAGGGAGAGAGCCUUGGAGCAAGAGAGACUAGAGAAAGAAGAAGCGUUAGAACGGGAGAGAAUUAUGAGAGAGAAAGCCAUAGAGCGAGAGAGACUAGAAAGAGAAAAGGCCUUAGCACAAGAAAGGUUGGAGAAGGAGAGAGCCCUAGAGCAAGAGAGACUGGAGAGGGAGAAAGCGAUAGAGCAAGAGAGGCUGGAGAGGAAAGAAAAAGAAAGAGUUGAAAGAGAAAGAUUAGACCAAGAGAGGAGAGAGAGGGAAAAGGCCUUGGAACUUGAAAGGGAGGAAAAAGAGAGAGCAGAGAUGGAGGCAGCUCUGGAAAAGGAGAGGGUUGAGAGGGAGGCAGCUCUGGAAAAGGAGAGGGUUGAGAGGGUGGCGGCUCUGGAAAAGGAGAGGGUUGAGAGAGAAAGAGUUGAAAAGGAGGAGAGGGAAAGACUAGACAGGGAGAAAGCUUUAGAACAGGAGAGACUUGAAAUGGAGAGAGCCUUAGACAAGGAGAGGAAGGAGAAAGAGAGAGCCCUGGAAGAAGAGAGGGAAAGAUUAAUCAAAGAAAAAGCCAUGCAGAAAGAGGAACAGGAGAAGGCCCUUGUAUUGGAGCACAAGCCUGAGUUGGUGGCUAAAAAGGAGAAGGAGAGUUGCCUCCCUCCAGCCAAGCGUGGUUGCAAGAUUGAUCUCGCACCCCUGCCCACUACUUCCCUCCUCUCCACAGGACCAGCUAGAAAAUCUUCGGCUGAGGCAAGAGAGCAGGAAGAUGUCCAUUCUCCAAUGUCCCGGACUGAAACACAAGCAGCAGAGACUGGUGCACCCACAUCACCGACUCCCCUGUCUCCUCAGUCUUCAUUUAAGAAGUUCCGCUUAAGAGACUCGCCACUUCAGCCCCAGUCUUCCUCAAUUGUUAUCAAGCGACCUCGUAGCUUCUCUGAUACCCCUCAGCCUCAACCCUCGCCUUUAGUCUCCCCCAUCAGUGUUGGAGAACAACAGCAGAAAGGACACCAGCCCACUGCUAAACAGGAAGCGCCACAGGUGCAGACAAAACUGGAGGCUGUAAUAUCACCAGGAUCACCUGGAAUCCAGUCUGAGGAGAUGACCUCUUCCAAAGAGCAGGCAGAUCCAGUGAAGACUGAGCAUGCUGUAAAGGAUUCCACCAAAAAAAUAAAAGUGGAUGAAAGCAAGAGUAUUUUAACCCCAUUGGAUGUGACACAACGGGAGGGCAGAAGUGUGAAGAAGGAAGAGAAAAUGAUAAGACAAAGAUCAUCGUCUAGUGAUUCCUCUUCCUCAGACUCUGACUCUUCAUCAUCUAGGUCUUCAAGGUCAUCUGCUUCUUCUCAAGAAGAAACAUCCUCCAUCUCCAGAGGUAGAGGGGCGGGAAAAUCUGGAAGAGAUUCCUCACCACAGCACAGGAUAAUAAAAGAGAUUGGAGGAGAAAAAAUCCCAAAAGCCUCUCCUCGCAAAAGACAGAGGUCUGGAGAUGAUGUUCACGCAACUGCUGGUGAUCAUGUCAAGAAAUCAUUCACUGAAUCUUCAACCCAAGAGGAGACACAAAGGAAAAGAAAGGACAGUGAGAGAGAAGAGGAAAAGGAUAAACAAAGGCAGGUGACAGAGAUUGCCAUGGCAGAGCCAGAGAAGCUUCCAGAGAACUGUGAGGAGACACCGAAGACCUCGGCUCGUAAGAUCUCUCUCAGCAGCAACAAAUUGUCUCCGGGCACAAGUAGUGCAGAGGGCGAUCAGGAGUCUGGGGCUCCAGCAAAUCGUAAGAGGAGGUGGGGUUCAAGUACAGCCGUCACUACCAAGAAACCUUCCAUCAGCAUCACCACAGACUCACUCAAGUCUCUGAUCCCUGACAUACGACCAUGUCUUGGCCAAGAGGCAGUCGUGGAUCUACACCCGGAGGAAGCUGUGCUUUCUGGGAUUGAGGAGGAAGAUAGGGAGCAGUCUGACCAGGACCUCCAGAUACGUCGCACUGUCACACAGGUGGUGCACUCCGAGAGCCAGGAGAAUGGACAGAAAGAGACAAAGAGGAGCAGACUCGAGGAGCUGGAGGAGGAAGAUGUACAGGAAGAGGGAGAAAGAACAAGGAUAAAGGAAGAGAAAAUUGACACCUCAUCUCCUGGAGCUGUGGAAACACAAUCCCCAUCACAUACCAGCCAUGAUGUAGAAAUCAACACUGUGACCCCCAGCGACACCCUCGUUCGUCGCUCCAUCAGCCAGCAGAAAACUGGCGUUUCCAUCACAAUCGAUGACCCUGUUCGCACAUCUCGGCAGCCUUCACCUCCUCGUGGCAAAGUCUCCAACAUUGUUCACAUUUGCAAUCUGGUGAGGCCAUUCACUCUGGGGCAGCUGAAAGAGCUGCUAAGACGAACUGGCACUCUGAUGGAGGAAGGCUUCUGGAUUGACAAAAUCAAGUCUCACUGCUACGUCACUUAUUCCAGCUCAGAGGAGGCUGUUGCCACACGGGCAGCUCUACAUGGAGUGAAAUGGCCUCAGAGCAACCCAAAAGUCCUUAGUGUGGACUUCUGCCUGCAAGAUGAGCUGGACUUCCACAAAGGCUUGGGUGCAGCUGACAGACCCGGAGCAGAGGAUCAGGGGCCUGGCUCUGGCCGUGGACGAACUGCAGGUCUGCCCUCUCUCCUCCCUGAGAGAGACCAAUGGGCUGAUCGGGAACGAGAAAUGGAGCGCCGGGAGAAGGCCAGAGCAGAGCGGGAGUGGGAUCGAGACAAGGUCAGGGAGUUUGGGAAACUUGGGGGAGAGAAGGAAGAAGGUCCCCAGAGGUCACGCUCCCGAGAGAAGCGACGUAAGGAAAGAGGAAAGAGUAAAGAGAAGAAGACUGAAAAGAAAGAAAAAACUGCUGAGGAUCCACCAGCAAAGCUGCUUGAUGACCUGUUCCGCAAAACUAAAGCAGCACCUUGCAUAUAUUGGCUUCCACUUACUGAAGAACAGUUUGUUCAGCGAGAAACUGCCAGAGCAGAGCGUAUGAAAGAGCGUGAAAAACGGAGGAAGGAGCAAGAAGCGGAGGAAGAGAAAAAAAGGGAAGAGGAGCGCAAGGAGAGGAUGAAAACUGGAGGUGGCACGACAGGAGAUCGGAGUGAGGGUGAGAAAGACAAGGACAGAGAAAGGGACAGAGAACGAGGUAGAGACAGGGAAAGGGAGAGGGAAAAUGACAAACGCAGGGAUGGCUACCGCAGGCCUGGGGGCAGCGGGGCAGGCGGUGGCGGCGGCAGGCACUCGCGCAGCCGCAGCGACCCGCGAGACAGGCGGCGCUAAUGGCCAAGCACCUGAUGGAACUGUCCUAUAGACCACCCUCUUCCAUUUGCCUUUCACUACAUGUACUUUGUUACAACUAAGACUCAACAGAGGACCAACUGAUGUCAUCACCAUCACUCAAAUUGUCAUCUUUUAUAAAGCACAUCUUCACCUACACACAGUCAUGCUCACGGGGGACCAUGGUUUUCUUUUUUGCAAUGUUUCCUAGAUUGCUGUACAUUGCUCUAAUCAAGGUUUGGUAUAUUUUUCCUUCAAUAUUUGCCCCCGUUAUUUUCUUUGGUUUUUGUUUUACAACAUGGCAGAGUGGCACAUAGGGUGAUUUCGAUCAUUUCCCCCAGUGCUCCCCACGUACCCCGAAGUGUAGGUGCCAAUUAUGAUUUGCAAUCAAUUGUCGUUGCCUCAGUGUUUUUACCAGCUCUGCAAUUUGGAUGUGGAAUCCUUCUGUUGCUGCAUGUAGUCCAAGGCCUUCGCUGUCUGUCCUGCCUAAAGAGAAAAAUCAGCCCUUUAAGCAGGGGCUGUAAAAAUCUGAAAAUAUUGGAAUAGGUGUGUUUGGCAUUUUGUACAGGCAUAUAAGAUUAAUAAAAAAAAAAAAGUCUUUAAAUGAGGCAGCUCUGGGGUAUUUUUGGACAGGUGAGGAAUUACUACUAAGGCAAUGAAAGUGUUUGUCUGCUCAUAUAAAAGAGAUGAGAUGAUUCUCUGUGAGAGAAUCUGUCUAUCGCACCUGACACAAGUCAUGCUUAUGUCCUUAUCAUUAAUCCUCCCAGUUCUCUUACCCUGUAGCUUUCCGUACAGGCAUAAGAGUGGAGGUUCAUUAUAAGAUUUCUCAACGAUGGUUUUAAUAUUGUUUUUUUGUUUUUUUAUCGUUAUUUUAUCAUUUAGUACAAAGGUUUGUUUUCUUUCUCUUUUUUUUAUUAUCUUUUCCUUGAGUACGCCUAUCAGUGGUGAAUGUACAAAUAAUAAAAAUUGAAGUUUGAAAUUA